AUGGUUUCUCAAUGGGGUGCGAGAAAAGUUCGCUCCUCUAAGGUUAGAUUGAACGUACAAGAUAGGAUAAGCCAAACAGAUAACUCUGUGAUGAUCUAUUUCCCAGAUCUCAGUUCUUUUCGCAGUUUUGGCGACAGGGUUUUCGAUCCCACUAGGGUUUCGUGCAUACGUAAACUCAAGUUAGCUAUUGGGGAGAAGGAUGCGUCGUAUCUCACUCCAUGGUUUUCUGCUUCAGACAGGCGUAAGAUCCAACACCUACAUGUUAAGUGUUGUGCACAUGAGCAUAUUCCCGUGCUCCCAAUAAGCAUGUAUGUCUUUGAGUCACUGGUAUGCUUAAAGCUUUAUCUGCUGGCUUUGGUUGAUUCAGAGUUUUUUGCCUUGCCUUGUUUGAAGAAGAUGCGUUUAAAAGCUAUUUUGUAUCCCAAUGAGGCCACUUUUGAGAGACUUGUAUCCUCCUGCCCUGUCCUGGAAGAGUUAGAGAUUGACGAAUGUCUAAAUGAUGAUGCACUUAUCUUCCGGGUGCUCUCUACGUCGUUGAAGAAGCUCAGUAUAGACAUCCAUUUGCUUAUGGAUGGUACAGAAUCAGGAGUUGAAAUCGAUGCUCCUCAGCUAAGCGCUUUGCGCAUAAGUGACAUCUUAUCAGAAACGUUUCUAGUAAAGGAAAUUCAUCCCAACGCCAAGGUAACCAUCUCUCUCACCUUUGGCUUGGAAGAUUUUGAUGUAGCUAGCGUUUUAUCAAAGGAAAGUAGCAUCAGCAACUUUUUACAAGGGGUUUCUAAGGUCGUGGAUAUGACGAUAUGUAGUGACACUUACAAGGUAUGCGAAGGUGAUUACGAUUAUAUGAAUGAAGAAAGUCUAUCAUCUGUGCCUGAGUGUUUGACAUUGUCCCUCGAGUUUGUUUAUUUGGAAGUUCCAAUCGAGGGACAUCCUGGAGAGAUGAAGCUAGUGAGAUACUUUCUACAGAAUUCGGCAAUCCUCAAGAAACUCACUCUACAUUCAGUGAGAGAAAAGUCUACUCUCAUUGAACUCCGCAGAAUCCGAAGAGGCUCUACACAAUGUGAAUUAGAGGUUCUGCAGACGAACUGA